UUCACUUAGAAGUUAGAACUUUCUUUUUGAGGUCUGAAAUGAGAUAUUGAUGAUGAGUGAAAUUGAGCUGUGAAAAAGAAAUUUUAUGAACAAAAUGGGUGGCAUGAGCCGAUGGUUGGACGUGGUGGUCGGUACUGACGAUAUAGAUAUCAAUACGUUACCUUCGAACAUAGCCCUCGUAGAUCUACAAAACGACAAUGAAUUCAAACUCGUUGUUGGCGACUUGGGGCGAGGCGAAGAAAGCCCCAGAUUGAAGAUAUUCAAAGGCGCAAUGCAGAUAUCUGACAUAUCAUUACCAGACCUGCCACUAGGCGUGGUGAGCUUAUACACAAGUGAGACGUCACCUCGGAGCACUCCUCUGAUAGCUGUCGCAUUUAGCACCUGUGUUUACAUUUAUAGGAAUUUCAAGUUGUUCUAUAAAUAUUAUCUGCCCACUGUUGAACUGAAUGCCAGUGAGAUGGAAGUGUGGAACAAGUUGACUGACCCAGCGAACCACAAUGAAGAAACAAUACUGGCACUUACAGAAACUCUCCACAAUAUGCCACCAAAGAUACUAAGCAUACAGUCUCGAGAUUUCCUAGCUAUGACUCUAGAACAGCAGUUAGAGUUUUUGGAAAAUUCCACAGAUCUACCGAAAAAACGGGACAGAGAGAUUGCGUGUAUCACAACAUUGAGGAUGAGCUCUGUUGAUAGAUACUCUGUGAGCUGUGUGGUUGUUGGUACUGAGGAUGGGGAAAUAAUUGUGUUGGAUCCGCAGACUUUCACUCAGAUUUGUUUAGUUAAGUUGUGUACAGUAAAGGAGACUCCGUACCAAAUGGUAGCUACUGGACUUUAUAAUGUAGACUACAGGAUUACUGUAGCCACAAGGGAGAAGUGCGUUUGCCUAAUAAAGAGGGAGUGGAAGGAAGGUCGACUGCUGUUCAGCACAGAAGAACACGUCGUUGCUAUAGAAGUCUUGACAGCGGAUAGUAGUAUCAUGGUUAUAUGCACCGACAACACCCUCGCUUCUUACAGUAAGAAGGGUAAGAGGCAAUGGUUAGUGAAUCUUGAGCAUCGGCCAGUAGCGAUGACACUAGUGCCAAUCCUGCACUUGGGUGUGACGUUGGUAGCAGUCGCCCUGGCCUCCGGACAUCUGCAUCUGUACGACGGGAAAGCAAGACGUGACUCUAUGUUCUUGAGAGAUGUGGUCUCAGUGAUGAAGUUCGGCCAACUCGGACAAGAGGAGCAUGUUUUUAUCAUUGUCACUUCUAAUGGCAACCUGUUGCUGAAAAUCUUAAAGAGGACGGCUGACUUUAACCCUCACGCCGCCGGCAUCGAGCUCACCGGCGCCCCGGUCGCGCAGAAGCCAUGGCUCAUACCGAAGAAGUCGAAACUGUUCCUGGAACAGUCUGUGAGGGAGCGAGAGACCGCCGUAGCGAUGCACGAGAGUUUUCAACACGAGCUGAACCGACUGAGGCUGUUGGCAGCCAAAACGCUUCUGGAAGCGCACACCAAGUCUGACAACUUCAUAGGCGCGGGCGUUAUGGAGCCUAUCAGAUUAUCAGCUGAGGUCGAAGGGUUGGGCCCGGUGUUCCGCGUGACUCUACAAGUGGAAAACACUUCCGCGGAUAAAGCGGUCGUCGGUCUUUCCGUGCUAUUCAAUGUGCACUCGACGAAUUACAAAGUCUACAAUCCUUAUAUUAAGGUACCCCUCCUCGGACCGGGCAACCAAAUAAAGUUCCCUACAAAGAUAGAAGAGAUAUUCAGCGAGAAUAUAAACCCGGAUGUAUUUUUCCGUAACGUCACUGGCCAAGCUGGGGAAGGGUCCUUGAUCAAAGUACUUCUGCUCAAGGAGGGGAGGCCAAACCCGGUGCUGGCGGCAACCGUGACCAUGCCGCCCACGGACCCUCUGAUGAUACCCUACGAUAAGAUACAGUCCUCGGGUUUUGGACAGAGUGAUAAAUAAAUAAGCAAAACCUCG